GCGGACGCGCGGCGGCUUUUUGACGCACUCCUGCGCGACGUCGUCAACGCAUUACAAAAUUUGAAAGCCCAGGAAGCGCUAGGACCAGUUGCCUGCGCCUUUGCCAGACAAGUGCAUCCACCUGUCCAAUUGCAGCAAGCUGCUUGCCUGUUGCAGCGCCCGCCCAUCGCCGCGGCAGCAUGAAACGACGAAGAACCCUCAACGUUGCAGCGCUGCUGGCGACAGCAACGGCGAGCAGCGAGUGGGGCGAGUGGGGCCCGCCGCCGCCGCCGCCGCCGCCUCCGCAGCAGCAGCAGCCACCGCCACAAUAUGAUCCGCAGCAGCAGGGCGGCUAUUACGGUGAGCAACAGCCACAAUACGACCAGCAACAACCGCAGCGCCCGCCGGGCCCGCCGCCGCCGAAGCCGCCCGCGGGGCCAAUUCUCGCGCGCGUCUCGUCCGUCGUCUCGGGCGCGGGCGUCGGUUGUGGCAUAGGAAAAUGCAUCACGGGCAACGCCUCUCCCCGAUUCGCGGCGGCCGGCGCCGUAUCCUGCUUCCUGAGCUGUUGCAUCGGCGGGCGUUUUGGGGACGCGGCGCUGGCCUUGGGGCAGACGACGGUCGGCGCCGUCAAGAAGAGUCGCGCGCUGCGAGAUGGGCGGUAUCCCGUCUUCCGCCAGUUCAAGGCGGGCCUGGGGUUGGUGCAGCGGGAGCCGUGGCCGCCGGGCGCGCCGAACCCCUGGAGAUAUAAAAGGCAAUCCGCAAUAGACCCGCGCUUCUCCAUGUACGAGGCGCUCGGGGCGGCGCUGCUGACGGGCGGCGUCGGCAUCAACUUCGUGCCGCUGCCGCCGCUCGUGCCGCGGUCGCUGUGCGCGCUGGGCGCGUCGUUAUUUUUCAUGUCGCUGGUCGUCGUGAGGGACGCGCGGGGCGACGCGGCGCGGUGUCUGGCGGCGCGCGUCGUGGCCUCCAUCCGAGUCAUGCUGGCCGCCGCCUCGGAGCAGCAACUCGUGUCGAAGACCGCGCAGGCCUGGGGCCUCGGCGCGAUGCGGCUCGGCGCCGUCGACAAGAAGCUGGGCGUGUCGCGGACGAUGGGCCGGCUCUUCUCGCGGGCCGCGUCGACGGCGCAGGCCGCGGCCGCGGAGGCCGCGGCCGCGCAGGCGGGCGGCCCCGACCGACGGCCACCGCCGCCGCCCCAGCAGCAGCAUCCGGCCUGGGCGCCGGACUCGCAGAGCGACUGGGGCCACCCGGGCGCCGCGGGGCCGGGCGCGGGGCAGUGGUGA